AUGGCUAAGAGUUCUGGCAGCUUCAGAUCUUUUAGGUGUCCAUAUGUGGUAGUGACACUAAAAACAGCAGAUCAUUCUGGCCAAGUAAAGAGCCGAUCACUUGAAAGGGAAGUUCCACAGUUUCGGAGAUUCUAUGGACAGUUCAAGGAAAUUUCUGCUGUAAUUUCUCCAGUUUACUGUGUCAAAACUGAUUAUUUGCUUUUGCCUCAGGGCAACCCAUUUGUAAUCUCCUGGCACCUCCUCAGGCCUCACUUACUCCAGCUGGGCCUGUGCCUGGCAGCGACAGCUCACGGGCUUUCCUGUGCCCACUGCCACUGCCCAUCUGCCUCUGAACUUCCAGACUGA